AUCACAGCAUAUACUCAUAAAGAUGAUAACAACAAAUGGUUGAUUAAAAAGUUUGAUAGUGAUGAAGAUAACUCGGUGGAUCUUGUAAAAAAUGGAGAUUUAAUCAGGCUAGAACACCUUCAGACCAGGAGAAACCUUCAUUCUCAUAAAGAGCCUGCACCUAUCACUAAAAAGCAUUAUCAAGUCACAGGAUAUGGCGAGAAUGGUCUUGGUGAUGCCAAUGACAUAUGGAAGAUAGAAAUUAUUGAUGGUCCAGAUAAGACGCAUAUAAAAACAGUACGAACAAAAAUGAGAUUAAUACAUUUCAUCACUGGAUGUGCCUUGCAUUCACAUUCAAAAACUUUACCAAAAUGGGGCUGGGAACAGUUAGAGGUAUCUUGCAAUCCAUAUGUCCGAGAAAAGAAUAAUUUAUGGAACAUUGAAGACCAUUUCAAUGAAAAAUUACCAAAUAGUAGUUUUGAAGUAUUUGCCCCAUCAUUCUUAGAGAGCUUACGAGAGUCACAUGCUGUAAUGGUUCAAAGUAACAGUGGACUGAAGCCUAAGGAAGGUGAAGUGACUUCAAGACCAUGGCAGUGGCCAAUCAAUUAUAGG